UUUGAUUUGAAGUAGGAAGCGGCGAAGAAGGAAAGUGAGAGCCGAUGAGAGAGAAAGAGGAGAGAGAGAGAGGAGUCUAGUCUGUCUGGUCUCUUCUGAAUCAGCUUUUCGUGUAUGUUUUUCUUUCCUUAGCGGGAAUGUCUCCAUCACAUUCCCGGAAAGUGUACGAAAAUCUCAUCGCAAUCUCUGGAAAUAUUUUGCCCUAUUUUUUCGAUUUCCCCUGAUUCGCCACCACAUUUCAUGAAAUCAUUUUAAAUUCCCUCUUGCUUUCUACAAUCCCUCGUCAGAUUCUCGAUUGUUUCGCUGCAAUCAAUCAUGCUCUCGCUACAGAGCGAUUCCCGGCAACACCAUUUGCAACAACAACCGCAGCAGCACAACCACCAUCAGCAGCAGUUGCAGGUUACUAGGGUUUUGUACAAUGGCGAUCAGCUUGACGAUCCGUAUAAUCUGCAGUCGGAGUCCUCCCUGCCUUCGUCGAAUCUCAAACUCUCGCAGGCGUUGGAGCCCCAUGAAGCAGUUGAUGAUGACACACUAUUGAACCUUGCUCAUCAAAACUACAAAGCUGGGAGCUAUAAGGAGGCUUUAGAACAUAGCAAUGCUGUUUAUGAGAGAAACCCCCAGCGUACUGAUAAUCUUCUUCUCUUGGGUGCAAUUUAUUAUCAGUUGCAUGACUUUGAUAUGUGCAUUUCAAAGAAUGAAGAAGCUCUUCGAAUUGACCGAAAUUUUGCUGAGUGUUAUGGGAACAUGGCAAAUGCUUGGAAGGAAAAAGGAAAUAUUGAUUUGGCGAUUCGCUACUAUUUAUAUGCCAUUGAGCUUCGACCCAAUUUUGCUGAUGCAUGGUCAAACUUAGCUAGUGCAUACAUGCGGAAAGGAAGGCUUAAUGAGGUGGCACAGUGUUGUCGCCAGGCUCUUCAAUUAAAUCCUCGUCUAGUUGAUGCUCACAGUAACCUUGGUAAUCUGAUGAAAGCUCAAGGUUUAGUGCAAGAGGCAUACAAUUGCUACAUUGAGGCUCUCCGCAUACAACCAACUUUUGCUAUUGCAUGGUCCAAUCUUGCUGGCCUUUUCAUGGAGGCGGGUGAUCUCAACAGGGCUCUUCAAUAUUACAAGGAAGCAGUUAAGCACAAACCAACAUUUUCGGACGCCUUCUUGAACAUGGGAAAUGUGUACAAGGCUUUGGGAAUGCCACAAGAGGCUAUUGUGUGUUAUCAGCGGGCUAUUCAAGCGCGGCCAGACUAUGCUAUGGCUUUUGGCAAUUUGGCUAGCAUAUACUACGAGCAAGGGAAACUGGAUAUGGCAAUUCUCCAUUAUAGGCGAGCCAUUGCUUGUGAUGCUGGAUUCUUGGAGGCAUAUAAUAAUUUGGGUAAUGCGCUGAAAGAUUCUGGCAGAGUUGAGGAAGCAAUUCACUGCUACCGUCAAUGCCUGUCCCUACAGCCUAGCCAUCCACAAGCACUUACUAACCUUGGAAAUAUAUAUAUGGAGUGGAACAUGAUGAGUGCUGCUGCACAAUGUUACAAGGCAACAUUGACUGUAACAACAGGGCUUUCUGCUCCUUUCAACAAUUUGGCAAUAAUAUACAAACAGCAGGGUAAUUUUGCUGACACUAUAUCUUGCUACAAUGAAAUUCUCCGCAUUGAUCCUCUGGCAGCUGAUGGGCUUGUUAAUCGAGGAAACACUUAUAAGGAGAUUGGAAGGGUUAAUGAAGCAAUUCAAGACUAUUUACGAGCUAUUGCCAUCCGGCCAGCCAUGGCUGAGGCUCAUGCAAAUUUGGCCUCAGCUUACAAGGACAGCGGACAUGUGGAAGCAGCUAUAAAAAGUUACAAGCAAGCAUUGGUUAUACGCGCUGAUUUUCCUGAAGCAACUUGUAAUCUACUACACACAUUACAGUGUGUCUGCGAUUGGGAUGAUCGAGAUAAGAUGUUUAUUGAAGUUGAAGGGAUACUUCGGAGGCAGAUUAAGAUGUCGGUUAUUCCAAGCGUGCAACCUUUCCAUGCAAUAGCUUAUCCUCUUGAUCCGCUGCUUGCACUGGAUAUCAGUCGCAAAUAUGCUGCACACUGUUCUGUGGUUGCAAUGCGUUAUUCGCUUCCUACUUUCAACCAUCCUUCACCCUUACCCAUAAAGGGUGGGGGUAGGAAUGGCCGAUUAAGGGUUGGAUAUGUGAGCAGUGAUUUUGGUAACCAUCCCUUGUCACAUCUUAUGGGCUCAGUAUUUGGCAUGCAUGAUAGGGAAAAUGUUGAGGUGUUUUGUUAUGCUUUAAGUCCAAAUGAUGGGACUGAAUGGAGGCUGCGGAUCCAGUCGGAAGCGGAGCACUUUAUAGAUGUGUCUUCCAUGUCGUCUGAUAUGAUUGCAAGGUUGAUUAAUGAGAAUCAGAUACAAAUCCUUGUAAACCUUAAUGGUUAUACCAAGGGGGCCAGAAACGAAAUAUUUGCCAUGCAGCCUGCUCCCAUCCAGGUUUCAUACAUGGGCUUUCCUGGAACCACUGGGGCAACUUACAUUAAUUAUUUGGUCACUGAUGAGUUUGUCUCACCUAAGUUGUUCUCUCACAUUUAUUCCGAGAAGCUUGUACAUCUUCCCCAUUGUUACUUUGUAAAUGAUUACAAGCAGAAAAACCGGGAUGUGUUGGAUUCAAACUUCCAACCCAAGCGUUCAGAUUACGGAUUGCCAGAGGACAAAUUUAUAUUUGCUUGUUUCAAUCAGCUGUACAAGAUGGACCCUGAAAUUUUUAUAACUUGGUGUAACAUACUCAAGCAGGUCCCUAAUAGUGCACUUUGGCUUCUUAGAUUUCCAGUUGCAGGCGAGAUGAGACUACGGGCAUAUGCCGCUGCACAGGGUGUGCAACCGGACCAAAUUAUCUUCACUGAUGUUGCCAUGAAAAAUGAACAUAUCAGACGCAGUUCUCUUGCAGAUCUAUUCCUCGACACGCCGUUAUGCAAUGCCCAUACAACGGGAACUGAUAUCCUUUGGGCUGGUCUGCCGAUGGUGACACUUCCCCUAGAGAAAAUGGCGACUAGGGUUGCCGGUUCACUUUGUCUAGCCACUGGAAUUGGGGAGGAGAUGAUUGUCAGCAGCAUGAAAGAGUAUGAAGACAAAGCAGUGACAUUGGCACUGAAUCGACCGAAGCUCCAUGAUCUUUCCGAAAGACUCAAGGCUGCUCGCAUGACUUGCCCUCUAUUCGAUACAGCUCGAUGGGUGAGGAAUCUCGAGCGAGCGUAUUUCAAGAUGUGGAACCUGUACUGCUCUGGCCAAAACCCUCAGCAUUUCAAAGUGAAGGAGAAUGAUUCCGAAUUUCCAUAUGAUCGAUAGAGCUGAGUGAGGGGAUGGAUAGAUGGGAUUGUAGGUAAAGCAAAGAGAAAAUAUAAAGCUAAUAUUUUUGAAGUGCAGCUUUUGUUGGUCGCUGCUGAAUGAUGGAUCAAAGGUGUUUGUAUACCUAAAUGUCAGUCUGGGGAGUAUCAAAAACAUUUAUUUACAUGUGGUGUUCGGCGUUUAAUCUAUUUAACUUUGAAGUAAUAGAGAAUGUAGUUUGUGAUGAUUCUUCUGUCAACUUGUUGAAUUUUCCUUUUUAUAUGCUAGUAGGUGGCCUGUUCCACUGCGAUUGAAGCAUGAACAUGCCGGGUGACUAGGUUGUUGAUCUGCCCCAUUGCAACUGCCGUAUAAAAGCUUUUUACAUUCUCUUCA